AUGGCCAACUCCGACCAGAACCGUGAUGCGUUCCCCGACGAUGUGUCGAUUGAUGACGAUACCUCCGUAAUCUCUACACGGGGUUUCGAGGCCUUCGGUCGCAAAGUGACGACAACAGCAAGUCACUUAAUCGGCCCCAUCACCGACCCGACCUCUCAUCCUCAUUACCAAUCCGCCAUGACCGAGAUACACAAGCAGCUCCAGAAGCCUACGCUUCAACGGAGCGUCUUCGCUAUUGCGCGUACUACGCCCACCGAUCUAGUGCGCUCCAAGUUGUCGUCAAAGGAAAUUCAAUCUCGAGCACUGGCCUAUGUGCCCGAUGAACUUCUCAGAAACAUCCCUGCCAGCUCCAACUCUUACUCGUUAUUUCAGGGCUUCCAGGCCAGUUUUCCCGAGUUUCACGAUGAAGGAAAGAAACACAAGCGACGAGUUUCUCGCGGGAGAAAAAUGCUCGAUGAGCGGCCUGUGGAUCCAGGAAGCCCACACGCGGUACAGAGGUUGAAGAAGGACAAGACGUCAAUGGAACACCAGCUUGAAAUGCUCGGUGUUCGAAAGAACAUGGCCAGCAGUGAGAUUCGUGAGAUUGAUAACAAGAUCGCCAAUCUGCACGGCAUGCGCAAGAUAAUUCUGGACAGGCUGGCUAAUCUUGAAAAAGAGGAGGCGGUGCUGGAGCAUGACAUCAUGGAUGUUGAGAGCAGGUUGGACGAAGCUCAAGAACUUGCCGAUGAGGCAGAAUCGUUGGCUAUGGAGACACCCAACAAGUCUGAGGAGGAUCUGUCAAGAACUGAAGAAGGAUUCAUGUCGCAAUCCAUCUACGAGAAAUUGCCAGCUGCCAACACUCCUCCGGGAAAGAAGAAGCCUCGCAACCACCGCAAGAAGACACUCCCCAUUCUCCACGAACAUUUCGAACCAGGUACCAUGAUCCGCUCGAUGCGCGCGCACCAGGAUAACAUCACGGCUCUCGACUUCGACGCUCCUUUUGGUCUUAUGGUUUCGGCUGCUAUGGAUGACUCGGUUCGUGUUUGGGACUUAAACGCGGGACGCUGCAUCGGUACUCUUGAAGGACACACGGCAUCUGUGCGCACUCUUCAAGUCGAAGAUAACUUCUUGGCCACUGGUUCAAUGGAUGCGACAAUCAAGCUGUGGGAUUUGAGCAAGGCCCAUUACGAUCCCCAGGGUAGCCAGGAAGUUGAUGAGGAGGAUGAGGACCUCGCUUUUGUGAACCCGGAUGAUCACGCAGUCGACCCACCUGCCGGAAGCAUGGCUGAUUGCCCUCUUUUCACCCUGGAGGCCCAUCUGGAUGAGAUUACGGCUUUGCAUUUCAGAGGAGAUGUGCUCGUUUCUGGUUCCGCCGACAAGACGCUUCGUCAAUGGGAUCUGACUAAGGGUCGCUGCGUACAGACCCUGGACGUGAUGUGGGCUGCUGCCCAGGCCACUGCCAUGGGUAGCAGUGACGGUCCCUGGAGGCAGACCAGCCGUUCUGCCGACGGAUCGGCCGACUUUGUUGGUGCUCUGCAGGUCUUCGAGUCUGCUUUGGCUUGCGGUACUGCUGAUGGUAUGGUUAGACUCUGGGAUCUGAGAAGCGGACAGGUGCACCGUAGCCUGGUUGGACAUACUGGCCCGGUUACCUGCCUCCAGUUUGACGAUGUUCACCUCGUUACUGGUAGCUUGGACAGAAGCAUUCGCAUUUGGGAUCUUCGCACUGGAUCAAUCUUUGACGCUUAUGCAUAUGAUCAUCCUAUUACCAGCAUGAUGUUCGACACCCGCCGGAUUGUCUGCGCUGCCGGCGAGGAUGUGGUUAAGGUUUACGAUAAGGUUGAAGGACGGCAUUGGGACUGCGGCGCCGGCAUCACUGAGGCUGAGAAGGCCAAGUCCCCUGCCAUCAUCGAACGCGUGCGCAUCAGGGACGGCUACAUGGUUGAGGGCCGUCAAGACGGUGUCGUCGGCGUCUGGACAUGCUAA